GUAGAGGGCGUCUCCUCGUCGCUUUCGGCGGCGUGCUUGGCAUGAAGGCGCUCCAUUCAUUCCGAGACAGCCAGCGCGGGCGGCAGCGGCGGAGGGGAAAGGCGCGCCUCGCCGGUGGCCGCGAGAAGGAGGCAGCUAGCAGCUGGCCAGCGCCAAUCGUCGGUCCCCGGACAGCUCCCUGGCCAUUUAAGCCGUCGGAGCUGCGAUUGAAGGAGGAAAGGAAGAAAGGGGAGGGGGAAGGAGACCCCGGACUUCUCCAGCCAUAAAGGAAGAGGAGGAGCGAGGAGGGGGGAGCAGCGAGGAGGGUGGGGGGAAAGAGGAGAUGGGUCUCCUCUAGCGAGACGGGAAGGCUGCGCUGCGGAUCUGACGGUGCCGCAGCUCCGAGAAGGCUCGCCAUUGUUACCCCAGUUUGGAGAGCCGAGCCCACUGGCGCGCGCACAUACACACACACACCUUCCGGCUGCCUCUGUGUGUCUCUCUCUGCAGGCGCUUCGUCUCUUUCCUGGGCUCUCCCGGGGCUCUGGCUGCUGCCGGAGCUCCACAUCCAGGCGGCGUGGCGGCUCUGCUUCGGGGUCCUUCUCCCCCCGCGCCUCUCCUUUCCAAUGGUCAGGGGUCCUCUCGCCCAGGGACCGAGCAGCAGCGGCGCCCCGAUGAGCUGCCUCUCCCGGCUGUGGCUCUUUGUUUUGCUCCUCAAGAAUGCGGCGCCUUUCCACGUGGCAGUGCGAGACGACAACUGCAUCGCCGUCUCCCUCGAAGCAGCGGACGUGGUGAGCUCGUCCUCGGUGUAUGUUGUCAAAAUCACCGGCGAAUCUAAGAACUAUUUUUUCCAGUUUGACGAAUUCAACAGCACUUUACCUGCUCCUGUGGUUUUCAAUGCCUCGUACCAUGGCCUUUAUUACAUAGUGACUCUGGUCGUGGUGAGCGCAAACAUGGUUUCCAAGCCAGCAAGAUCCAUCACGGUGUUAACCAAACCUCUACCUGUAACCAGCGUUUCCAUCUACGACUAUAAACCAUCACCAGAAACCGGGGUGCUGUUUGAGAUCCAGUAUCCAGAGAAGUACAAUGUUUUCACCCGUGUGAAUAUAAGCUACUGGGAAGGGAAAGACUAUCGGACCAUGUUAUAUAAAGAUUUCUUUAAAGGCAAAACUGUUUUCAACCACUGGCUGCCGGGAAUAUGUUACAGCAACAUCACGUUUCAGCUGGUGUCUGAAGCGACGUUCAGCAAAAGCACCCUGGUGGAAUACAGCGGGGUGAAACACGAAGCAAAGCAACACCGAACAGUUCCCUACCCACCUCGAAACAUUUCUGUGCGUAUCUUGCAUAUGAACUUCAAUGAGAACUGGGAGGAGCAGAGUGGAAGUUUCCCCGAAGAGCCAUUCUUGGGGACGCAGAAGACAAUGCGACAGGACAAAGCCACCCAGAUUCUGGAUGACCUCCCUGAGCUCCCAACUGUGAACACUUCCUAUACGUGGCCCGAUUACCGCUACAAUAGCAGCGACUAUGAAACCACGUCUCAGCCUGACUGGUGGAUUAACGAGCCCGACUCCCCGGAGAAUGAAGACGAGUUUGUCAACGCGAUCCCAAGAGAUUAUGAGAGCGUCAACCCCACUGAGGAGUUUGGAAGCCCUACACCGGAGCCUUCCUCGUUCCUCCCAGUGAAAAUGGUGCUGAGUUGGCUGCCUCCCAAACCGCCCACAGCGUUUGAUGGCUUCCACAUUAACAUUGAGAGAGAAGAGAACUUCACAGAAUUCCUGACUGUUGGCGAGGACAUUCACGAAUUUGCCACGGAUCUGAAAGAACCAGGAAAAUACACAAUAUCUGUUACAACAUUCAGCUCUUCUGGUUCAUGUGAAGUUCGGGAAAGCCAAUCUGCCAAAACACUCAGUUUUUAUAUUAGUCCCACAGGGGAACUGAUAGAAGAGCUCACUGAGAAACCUCAGAACGUCAGAGCGAUGGUGCUGACCUCUACCACGGCCUCGUUGUCCUGGACCACUUCACAGGAGACCACCAGCACUAGCACCAUCAUAUCUGUCGUGUCCUUGACAUGCCAGAAACAGAAGGAAAGUCAAAGGCUUGAAAAGCAUUAUUGCUCAGAGGUGAAUACAAGCAGCAGCUUUAUCGAAAACCUGGUUCCUGGCGCUCAGUACCAAGUUGUGAUUUACUUACAGAAGGGACCGCUGGUUGGGCCUCCUUCCGAUCCUGUGACAUUUGCCAUUGUGCCAACUGGGAUAAGGGAUUUAACACUUUACCCUUUGGGCCCUACUGCUGUGGUCCUCAGCUGGAACAGGCCUCUUCUGGGUGUUUUCCGGAAAUACAUUGUAGAAAUGUUUUAUUUCAACCCAUCAACAAUGACUUCAGAGUGGACAACGUACUACGAAAUAGCAGCAACCGUCUCCUUAACGUCAUCAGUGAGAAUAGGAAACCUUCUGCCUGCCUGGUAUUACAACUUUCGGGUCACCAUGGUGACAUGGGGAGUCCCAGAACUGAGCUGUUGUGACAGUUCCACCAUCAGCUUCAUAACAGCUCCAGUAUCUCCUGAAAUCACUUCAGUUGAAUAUUUCAAUAACCUUCUCUAUGUCAGCUGGAUCUAUGGGGAUGACAACACAGACCUUUCCCAUUCUCGAAUGUUGCACUGGAUGGUCAUUGCAGAAGGAAAGAAAAAGAUAAAAAAGAGUGUGACGCGAAACGUCAUGAGCGCCGUGCUCAACCUGCCACCCGGGGACAUCUACAAUCUCUCGGUCACUGCCUGCACCGAAACAGGAAGCAACAUGUCUGCGCUUCAGCUUGUGAAAGUUGACCCAGCUCCUCCGAGGUCACUUUUCGCUGUGAAUAAGACCCAGACAUCUGUGACUCUCCUGUGGGUGGAAGAGGGAGUCGCUGAUUUCUUUGAAGUCUUCUGCCAGCAGGCUGGUUUGAGCCAAGACACAAAGAUCCAGGAGCCUGUUACGGUCUCUUCGCACGUCGUGACCAUCUCCAGCCUCCUGCCUGCCACGUCCUACAACUGCAGUGUGACCACCUUCAGCCACAACAGCCCCAGCAUCCCCACUUUCAUUGCUGUCUCCACAAUGGUUACGGAGAUGAAUCCCAACGUGGUGGUCAUCUCUGUCCUAGCCAUCCUGAGCAUCCUUUUGAUAGGCCUGCUGCUGGUCACUCUUGUGGUCCUUCGGAGAAAACACCUGCAAAUGGCCAGGGAAUGUGGAGCUGGAACCUUUGUGAACUUCGCUUCAUUGGAGAGAGAUGGAAAACUGCCAUAUAACUGGCGUAGGAGUGUCUUUGCUUUCCUAACUCUGUUGCCUUCCUGCCUAUGGACUGAUUAUCUCUUGGCGUUUUAUAUUAACCCUUGGAGUAAAAACGGACUGAAGAAGAGGAAACUGACCAAUCCCGUCCAGCUGGAUGAUUUUGACAGCUACAUCAAAGAUAUGGCGAAAGAUUCCGAUUACAAAUUCUCUCUGCAGUUUGAGGAACUGAAGCUGAUUGGGCUGGAUAUCCCACACUUUGCAGCUGACCUCCCCAUGAACCGCAGUAAAAAUCGCUACACGAAUAUCCUCCCUUAUGAUUUCAGCCGAGUUCGAUUGGUCUCAAUGAAUGAAGAAGAAGGUUCAGAUUACAUCAAUGCCAACUAUAUCCCUGGUUACAAUUCUCCCCAAGAGUACAUCGCCACCCAGGGGCCACUGCCAGAGACGAGGAACGACUUCUGGAAGAUGGUUCUCCAGCAGAAGUCGCAAAUCAUCGUCAUGCUCACACAAUGCAAUGAGAAAAGAAGGGUGAAAUGUGAUCACUAUUGGCCUUUCACGGAAGAGUUGGUUCCUUAUGGGGACAUCACAGUGGAGAUGCUGUCUGAAGAAGAGCAAUCGGAUUGGGUCUUUAGGAAUUUCAGAAUCAACUAUGCCGAUGAGGUGCAGGAUGUGAUGCAUUUUAAUUACACGGCUUGGCCUGACCACGGAGUCCCUCCCACAAACGCAGCAGAAAGCAUCUUGCAGUUUGUACAGAUGGUCAGGCAGCAGGCAGCAAAGAGCAAAGGCCCCAUGAUCAUACAUUGCAGUGCCGGCGUGGGUCGGACGGGGACUUUUAUAGCAUUGGACCGACUCUUACAGCACAUUCGGGACCACGAGUUUGUAGAUAUAUUGGGGCUGGUGUCUGACAUGCGGUCCUAUCGGAUGUCCAUGGUACAGACAGAGGAACAAUACAUUUUUAUUCACCAGUGUGUGCAAUUAAUGUGGCUAAAGAAAAAGAAGCAGUUCUGCAUCAGCGACGUUAUAUAUGAGAAUGUCAGCAAGUCAUAAUUCCAGGCCAGGCGGUUAGAACAUGAAAGACAUCCAUCUUCCCUUGCUUCAGAUUUUAAUUCUCUCUGGGGGUUUUUGUUUUGUUUACUGUUUUAUUGAUUUGCCAUGGACAACAGUACCCAUGGACAAGUGAAAAAAAAGAAAGACAAGAUUUCACAUCCAGGAGCUCUGGGGAGACAUAGCCUUAAGGAACCUGCAGUGUCUUGUAAUGGACUAUUUUGUUUCUGUACCUUUUUUUUAGACGUUUAUAACACUGGACCAAAUCCAACUCCGUGCUUCAGAAAGGUUUUCUGUCUUUCUCUUCUUACAAACCCUCUCUUUAUUUAUUUUGUAAACACGCAGGUUGGGCUUGAAGGUUAAGGAAAGUGCAAUAUUCAAGGCUCAAUCCACACGACAGUGAGCUUUCAAAGUGUGACUCUGGCGAGGUCUGUCAAAGGCAGGGCUAGGGUAUUGGAUGAUACCUCAUUAGCAUGGAGCAAGGGACAGGAAGACUGUGAAUCUCGGGGGAAGAAGAUCUUGGGAUACUACUGUCUACGCUCAAGAGGAACCUCCAAGUUGAGCCGUCCUCAUAAAACAAACUGGCUCAAAGCUAGGUGGGAAGAAAACAGAGGAGGUGAGAAAACUUCACUUCACAGCCAACGUUUUAAAGAAUGACUGAGACGACAGAACAAAGAUCAAUGGUGAAAUUUCACAGCGCUUUGAGACGCUCAGGAGAUCAGUGCAUCUCAGCAGAAAUGUCUUCUAGCCUGCUCAACCAGCCUGUGUUAUGGAUAGAGGGGAAAUGAAUCCUGUGCGCCUGGAUCCGGGGUGGAACUGUGAAUGGACACAAAACAACCACUUUGGGUGACGAGUCUGGUCCAAAUGUCAUCACUAUCCCCAUUGAGUAGGAGCCUUUGCUGCCUCUUCCUUCUCCAUUGGCUUGGUUUUGUUUUCUGUGUAGUCGCCCUGUGUAAAAAAAACCAACGAAACAAAAACAACACAAAACUAGGAAGUUUGUCGAUGUUGUGGGAAGGGAAGUAAAGUGCAGUGGUAAACACACGUCGGUGGUGUCCAAUGGCCUGAGAAAGGUGCAGAAGUGAGGAUUUAUCUUAGCAUGCUAGGCGCAUUGAAAUGACUGCUUUGCUCCUCAUUGCUGCCCAUGUAUGCCGCUCAUCAGUUCCCUGCAAGCCAUUUAUUCUGGAAUCAGUAGUGCAACUUUUGGCAACCUGGUGUUUUGGACUACGUUUCCCAUCAGCCCCAAGGCGCUGGGCUGGCUGAGACUGAUGGAGGACAUAGUGCAAAACACUCGGAGAGCAACCAAGUGAGUUAGGAUAACACAGCACUUCUUUUCUUUGGGUUAUUGUACUGAUUAGAUGAGUCAUACGUUGUGACAGGAAUGCUGUCUGGUUGGGCAUUGCUGGCAUUUUCUCAUUUGUGCCCCUUUUUAUUUGACUUCUGUUUGACGGAAAGCUUCUGAAGGGAUUGGCUCUGGAACUACUGGAAGCAAAAUAUAAUACCCAGGAGGUGGGCUGAGUUGAAAGAAAGAACUAAAA